CAAACGAAGUGGAAAUCCAGGAAUCUAUUGGUUCAACAUGAUUCUUUCAGGACUUUUAAAGUUUUGCCGUGGACUUCCUCAGCAGUGUUUUACAAAACCUUGUGUAUUGAAUGUUGAAAGAACUGCCAAGAUGAGCACUCAAAAAGUUCAUAAAAUCUUUGGUCAAUAUAAUGAAAGCUCUCUUGCAAAAGAUAGGUUGCUGUUUUCAAAAUUUAUACCAAACAUUCAGCCAUCAGAGACCAGUACCAGCAUAACUGCUUUGGUUAUCGACAGUGCUUUAACUCGGUGUAGUGUUUCUGCCCUUGAGUCCAAAAUAACCUGUUUAAUUUUGCCUGAGUACAGAAAUCACAGAAAUGAGAACUUUUCUUUGCCAUCUAUAACAAACCAGAACUUAAUUUUUCACUAUGAUCUCCCACUUCAGAAGAUUAUACCAAAAGAGGCUCCAACUGAUAAGAUGUCGAACAUGAUAGAACCACCAUUGUCACAUCAACAGGUUGUAAAACAAGCUGCUGUCCUGAUUCAAAUACGAAAAAAGAAAAUGAAAAAACACAAAUUGAAAAAACUUCGCAAACGUAUGCGCUUUGUUUGGGCAAGAGUUCGACAGAAGAGAGAAAAACGUAAAGAGAAACACUUCCAAGCAGAAUUACUGAGUCAAGUUAAGGAAGCUGAAUCAUUCAAUGCUAAAGAAUAUGUUCAUAACGUUAUUCACCGAAUCCGAAAUAAGCCAAAACCUGAAACCCACGAAGAAAAGAAGGAGAGAAUAAGAGAGUUAAUAAGACAGAAUCGUGGUGAGAUUAACUAUGUCAAACCAAAAUUUGAUUAGUUUAUUAACAUUAGUUAUUAAUGUUUCAGUGCAUAUUUUCAAACUUUGUGUAUUUUUGUCUAGUAGCUAAGACAUCUAGGUAUGGAAAAGUUUGUUAAAUAAGUUUCAAAUUCUCAAACGUUGUAUAUAAAUGAUGAUGCAUUCGUAGCAAAAUAUUUUGUGUGUCAGUAAAGUUAAGUUUGUAGUUUUGAGACUAUUUCAAGAAGAAAGUAAAACACCGUUUGUACUUAUUUGAUUCUGAAAUUCCUCCUGCACUUAAGAAUGUUUUUAAAGUACUUGAUCACAUGGACUUUUAACAGAUAGGUACAGGAGACAAGUUUUAGUUAAACAUUGUAUUUGCAGACACAAAACUUUUCGUGAAGUAAAUUGUUUCAAGUGAUUUCACAGUUUUUAAUUUUAAAGUUUUAUCUAAUAUUAUAUGUUAGUCUUACUGUGAUCCCCUGGUGGUUCAUUGAUGAGGUUUAGGGUUUAUAGUGCUAAAAAUCGAUUUAAAUUUUGUAGCAGGCACAGAUCAUAAUUGCAUUGUUGUGUAGCUUUGUGCUAGAACUAAAAAAAAAGAUGUACAGAAAGUCACAAAUGUAGUUUGAAGUAUGAAAUUAGCUGAAAAUAUAACUUGUCUAGAAGCCACAGUAUACAAAUCAGUACAUUUAUUGCUUUAGAAAACUGAAUUUUGUCUUUAAAUCAGUUUUGGGAAUAAAGAAUUUAUAUUCAAAGAUGUGAUUGGGAACAAUCAAGAGUAAACAUUAUGUUGAGGUACAAAAAUUGUAAUACUUUUGGUGUUCCAAGGAAUAUAUUGGAUCCAAUAAAGGAAUAUACCAACACA